CUGCCAUGGUUUUUAAUGUACAAGCUGCUGCUUUUCCAAAAGGCCAAACGCAAGUGUGAUGGGACUUUUUAUGCUGUGAAAGUCUUGCAUAAGAAAACCAUCCUAAAGAAAAAGGAGCAAAACCACAUCAUGGCAGAACGCAACGUGCUUCUGAAAAAUGUCAAGCACCCCUUCCUUGUGGGCCUCCACUACUCCUUCCAGACCUCGGAGAAGCUUUACUUUGUGCUUGAUUAUGUAAAUGGAGGAGAGCUCUUCUUCCACUUGCAAAGAGAGCGUUGUUUCCGUGAGCCCCGUGCAAGAUUCUAUGCUGCAGAGGUUGCUAGUGCAAUUGGUUACCUGCAUUCCUUAAACAUCAUCUAUAGGGAUUUAAAACCUGAGAACAUCCUCCUGGAUUGCCAGGUAUAUGCACCUCUUGUGCUGCCUUUUCAAAGCAUUGGCAUCAUAACCAGAGAGCUAUAGUUUGACAAGCCGUGGCUCAUUCCAUCGCAUGGAUUUUUGCAUCUAUAUACCACUAAGUUUCUGUCCAGGUCUUGCAAGAGGGAGCAAGCACACGCUCUGCAGAACUCCGCAUACAAAACACUCUGCUUGGUCCCAAGAGCUGGGACCUGGCUUGAGGGGAGGGACUUGAGUGCUAAGAGUAAGUCACUGCUACUCUGGUGGUGACACUAUGCCACCUGGCUUUGGGCUAAGGCAGUGCUGAGGCACAGAAGUGUUGGAUGUCAUCACAGUGGUGCAGAUGUAGUGAAACUUUAGAGAAUGUCUGUACUUAUUUAUUUUCUCCAUGGACUUCCUACUUGCAUGAUAGGACGCCCAGAAGGUGAGGGAAAGGACAACAAGUGACCAGUGGGACAGUAAAACAUAGAUUGGGUUAAAUGUGGUGGCCAAUGCUUGGCAAUCCUGCUGUUUCUCAUGAGAGAGUGGGCCAGGCUGAAAUUCUUUUUGUCAGGGACAUGUGGUGUUGACAGAUUUUGGACUCUGCAAGGAAGGAAUGGAGGAAGAAGAGACUACCUCUACGUUCUGCGGCACUCCUGAGGUAUGGCCCGUGUUGGAGCUCUGCUAUGAG